AGAAAUGGCACAGUACCCAGCUUCCUGAUAUGGGCAGAACCUUUCUACGAUUGGUAUUGGGACCCUGUUUUCAUCCAAAUCUACCAAGACCUGUGUCCUCUCCCCUGCAGAGUGGAAUAUGAUGUCACUAAGAGGAAUACGACGGACGCAAUACUCAUCGCCCUACGAGAAGCGAAAGACAGCGAAACGGUCAUAAAGAGCCUUUCUCCUCGGGACCCUAAGCAGCCGUGGAUAGGCCUAUCCUUCGAGCCUCCGAAUUUGGCGAACUCUGUGUACAAAACCAAAUUCUGGAAGUACAACGGACUCUUCAACCGCACGAUGACGUACCGCUGGGAUGCAGAUAUCGUUUUCCAGCACGGCUUUAUCGCCUCCAGAGAAGACGCCGAGCUGCUCCCUGGAACCUGGGUCAUCCCGCCGAUUACGGAGGUCAGGAAACAUUCGAGAAAACUGGCAGUUGCGUUCAUAUCCAACUGCGGGGCCAUGUCCAAGCGGCUGACUUACUUGACAAAGUUCCAAAAAUACGCUCCGGUGGACAUUUACGGAAGGUGUGGGCCGCUGAAGUGCGGAGGAUCGAUGUUUGCCGCUCACCGGUACAACUCGACCACGGAUCCGUGUCUGAAGAUCGGUGGUGAAGGCUACAUGUUCUACUUCGCCUUUGAGAACAACUUCUGCAAAGAAUACAUCACGGAGAAGGUCUACAACCUCAUGCAUUAUCCCAUCGUUCCGGUGGUCCGGGGCUCGGCGAAUUACUCGUCUGCUCUUCCGCCGAAUUCUUAUAUCGACGCCAACGACUAUUCGCCAAAGGAGUUGGCGGAGAGAUUGCUUUACUUGAAAGAUCACCCAAAGGAGUAUCUGAAGUACCUGGAAUGGAAGAAACAUUAUCAGCCGUCCACAGUUGGUGGAGAGAGAGUUAUUUGCCAUCUUUGCACUCGUUUGUACGACUCGGACUUUUACGAACACAAAGUGUACGACGAAUUCGAAGACUGGUUCGUCGAGAAGUCACACUGUCGAGCUGGACUGGACGUUUGACGACCUGAGGUCUUUCGAGUUUAGCUGGCGUUGCUAAUUGUUGAA